ACGUCAUUCGCAGUUUGCAAUGAAAAGCCGUGUCUGAGUUUUGUUUCCAGUUGGAAGAUCAGUGUUUUGAUGUGAAGAAGUAUAUUUUGAGGAAUCAUGAGCACACUUGUUCGCAACACCACCCUCACCUUCAGCCGCAGAUACAGAUACGAGGUUUUGGGUCUUCAGGGCAAAGACAAGAUGCUGAAAUCGAUCAGCUACAGACGCAGAAGGGCCAAGCAAAGGAAAAUCUUUCUCACUACCUACAAGCUUUCUUCCUUGGACACUAACACUUUUGUGGAGCCUCAAAAGCCUAAGCUGAAGCUCAAGAAGGUUGCCGUUAAGGUGAAGAAGAUUAUGGCCUCGGUUUUGAUGUUCAUGCGAGUUGGUUCUCUCAGAUCCUGCGCUUCUAGGUCUGCCAUUUCUGAUGGGAAAAACCUUUGAUUAUGAUGAUGUUGUUGGUUUUCCUGGGUUUAGUAUGAUUCAUGAUUUGUCUCUAGGAUUUAAGAACACCAAUAAGCAAGCCAUGUUUUUUAGUAUCUUUAUGUGGCAGAUGAUGGUGGAUGAAAAAGAGGGUUAUCAAAUGUUGUGUAUAUAAUUAUGCUUAAUCUAAUGUCUAAUCGAUUGCUUUCACCUC